ACCCACGUCCCUCCAUCCUUCUACUCCCUUCAUCCUCUCCCCAGAGCUCUCACCCCCGCUCGUCUCUUCUCUUCUCUUCCAGCCUCUCUCCAGAUGCUCCCCAGGCCGGUGUCCCCUCAAGACCCCGACCCGGCUCCCCAGCUCACCCUGUCUCCGCAGCAGCCUGUCUACAUAACUGGAGAAGAUGUGACCCUGACGUGCUCAGCUACAGGGGCGCCCACCAUGUCCGGGAUCCGGUUCUUCAGAGAAAACUACAAAAUCAACUCCACGGAUCUCCUCUACACCAACUCGAUUCAGCUUUCAGGGGUGUCUAGAUCACAAGCCGGAGCGUACACAUGUGAAUUCUGGAAGACAGAGUCUGGGCAAGAAAUCACAUCAAAGAGGAGCCCACCGAUCUCCAUAGCAGUGACAGCCCCGCUCCCGGCUCCCAAGCUCACCGUGUUCCCGCAGCCACCUGUCUACAUAACUGGAGAAGCUGUGACCCUGACGUGCUCAGCUACAGGGGCGCCCAGUGUGUCCGGGGUCCGUUUCUUCAGAGACCACCAGAAAAUCCAAUCCGAGGAACUCCCCUCACCCCGGUACAGUUACACUGAGUCGAUUCGACUGUCGGGGGUGUCUGGAUUGCGAACUGGAGUGUACAGCUGUGAAUCUUGGAAGACAGUGUCUGGGCGAGAAAUCCCAUCGAAGAAGAGCCCACCCAUCUCCAUCACUGUGACAGCCCCGCUCCCGGCUCCCAAGCUCACCGUGUUCCCGCAGCAGCCUGUCUACAUAACUGGAGAAGCUGUGACCCUGACGUGCUCAGCUACAUGGGCUCCCACUGUGUCCGGGGUCUGGUUCUUCAGAGACGGCCAGAAAAUCCAAUCCAAAGAACUCUCCUCACCCCGGUACAGUUACACUGAGUCGAUUCGACUGUCGGGGGUGUCUGGAUUGCAAACUGGAGUGUACAGCUGUGAAUCCUGGAAGACAGUGUCUGGGCGAGAAAUCCCAUCGGAGAGGAGCCAACCCAUCUCCAUAGCAGUGACAGAUCUCCCUCCCCAGCCGGCACUGAGUGUGGAUCCCCCGUCCGGAGCGGUGAGGGAAGGGAUCCACCUGCUCAUGACCUGCACGGCCCCCCGGAAUGCCGGUCAGCGGAGGUUUCACUUCUACAAGGACAGAGUCGAGCUCAUCCCUGGGGACGUAGAGUCUGAAAUCAACACGACAGAGCCCAGGACGGUCUCUGUGAACACCUCUGUGAUCAGUAUCCCACGGGCCAGUUCAAACAAUACCGGGGAAUUCACCUGUGGGUACGAGGAGCAUGUGGGUGGGAGAUGGAUCCCGUCCCCCAGGAGCCGGCCCAUGACUGUCACCGGGAACGUCACAGUGUCAGCUCAAAGCUUCUUCUGGGUCCGUGAGCUGGUGGUAGGUGGCUCCUUCUUCCUCAUUAAUGGUCUCAUCUCCCUCGUCUCCCACUGCUGCUUGUAGAUCCAGCCCGGAGGGGGAGGUUCCAGUGAAAAGUCCAAGAGUGAGAUCUGGGAAACAUCCACAGGGUUUGAAAGGGUUUUAGGCACCAUGAAUGCUUCAGCAACCAACCAAAAUGCAGCUAUAUCUGGGGUGGGGCACAGCCGCUGUUUCACAGCUGCACGACCCUUGUGCACAUAAUUUGCUUGCCCAGUGUGAACCCAGGCACCCCUGUAUUCACACCCUACACACAGCUGCAAUGACCUAUACAAACUCUGCCUUCUGAGGUAUCAUUUGAAACUCCCACCACACUGGUCAAUAAUAUCACUGUGGAGUAUAUGUGAGAACGCCGCAGAUGGAGAUAUGCCAGUUCUCUGUGAGUCUGUUUUAAAGUCUGCAUUUGAACAAAGGGGAACCGGGUCUGCCCAGAGAUUGAAUACAAAUGAAGCAGGGUGACUGGUGAGAAGAGAAUUAGGAAGUACAUGUCUGGUAAACAAAGCCAUCGAGCCACCAAGGAGAUGAGGUGAUGACUCAGCUAUCCACGAAGGCUGGAGACAGCACCCCCAGGAGACCUUCUGGCUUCCUGAAGCAGUGUCAAUGAACAUAGAGAGACAUGCUCUCCUGGGCGAUAGAGAGAGGGGCAGUGAACCCCCAAGUUACUUCCCCUUAAGACAACAAGGGAAACCAGCACCUCGCACUUCCCAGGAAGGUCAGGAUCGAGAGCCAGUUGGCCAGGCCAGACCAAGAGUAAUCGGAAAGUGAAAUCACCUUCAACACAGACUGUGCCUUGCCGCCUUGAGUUUUAGCCUUUCAGCUGUUGUGUUUUCCCUUUGAUUUACUUGUAACCAUCUCUAACUGGAUUUCUUUUCAUUUGGAAUCUCUUAACC